CCCAGAAUUGAUAAGCUUUUAUUUACUCUUUUCUGGACUAUUUGAGAUUUGGCAGAAGCAUUAUUUUGGGGUAUUUAAGAUCCUUCUGCGUAAAGAACUAGUAACUGAGUUGGGAAUUGUUUAAGCUUUUGACUUCUCAAGUAUGGUUGCUUCUUCUCUGUGAAGUAUUGGCUUUGCUAGGAUAUUCUACAUGUUUAUGGAUAUCAUUGUUUAUUUGUGUAUCAUUAAGUAAUAGGGGGUCAGAUUCAGAUUUAUUGUGAUUUUAGUCACAAGAAAUCUGAUAUUGUGAUGAUUGUAUUGUGUAGUUAAGGACUACCUAUUGAUCAACUGAUCUUUGAAGCUAGUUAGAUCUUUGCCAUUUUGGGUUGCUUUCUUUUGUAAAAGUCAUUGAAAACUUGUCUAGCAUGUAUUGGUGAUUGGUUGAAUAUAUAUCUUGUCCAGUCCAAGCAUUUGAAUCAAUUUUUUUAAGUUGAUUUCUUUAGUGGUGGGUUUUCAACUUUCUUCAGUUCUGGGAAAUAUGUGGGUAGCGCUCAGUCGGUGUAGAGAUAGUUUGGAGCCAUCAAGUAUAUCUGUGGCAGUGCUUGAUUGGCUGGCGUUUUGUUGAGGUUCUAUAAGUCUUCACAUUUCAGGGGAGAAUCUGCAGUUCAUUUGCCAAAUGAUUAUGAUUUUCCUUCUCGGUUUCUUCUAUUUAGCACCAUGAGUCGGAUUUCGGAGGGUUUUUGAUGCUGAUAUUUGAUCUUGAAGAUAGUGAGCUAUAGGAUGGCUGGCUGCAAUAAGACCAUAGUUUGGUUUAGAAGGGACCUGAGGAUUGAGGACAAUCCUGCCUUAGCUGCUGCUGCUAGGGAUGGUGCUGUCUUUCCUGUAUACAUAUGGUGCCCGAAAGAUGAAGGACAGUUUUACCCGGGUCGAGUUUCGCGGUGGUGGCUGAAGCAGUCCCUUGCUCACCUGGACCAGUCCUUGAAGUCUCUUGGGGCUGAACUUGUGCUGAUCAAAACCAACAGUACUCUCUCUGCUAUCUUGGAAUGCAUCCAAGCUAUUGGAGCCACAAAAGUAGUGUUCAACCAUCUCUAUGAUCCUGUUUCACUCGUGUGUGAUCACAACAUCAAAGGAAAGCUGCUAGAACUAGGAAUUUCUGUGCAAAGCUAUAAUGCAGAUUUGUUGCACGAGCCAUGGGAAAUAUAUGAUGCAAAAGGACAAACAUUUACGACCUUUAGAGAAUACUGGGACAAGUGCUUAGAAAUGGAAAGAGAGCUUGUGACAUUUCUUCCUCCGUGGAAAUUAUUGCAGGCAACAGGAACGGUAAAGAAAUGUUCAAUCGAAGAAUUGGGUCUUGAAAAUGAAACAGAAAAAUCUAGCAAUGCCCUCUUAGGAAGAGCAUGGACUCCAGGUUGGAGCCAAGCUGAUAAGGCUUUAACUGAGUUCUUCGACGGGCACCUGCUAGACUAUGCAAAGAACAGGACGAAGCUUGGGGGAAACUCAACAUCACUAUUGUCCCCAUAUCUUCACUUCGGAGAAGUGAGUGUGAGGAAAGUUUUCCAGUUGGCUCGAAUGAAGCAGAUACUGUUUGCAAGAGAAGGGAACAUUCUAGGUGAAGAGAGUGUGACCUUUUUUCUCCGGGCCAUUGGGCUUAGAGAAUACUCUCGCUAUCUUUGUUUUAACUUUCCAUUCACUCAUGAGAAAUUACUGCUGAGCCACUUGAGAUUCUUUCCAUGGAAAGCCGACCAGGAACGUUUUAAGGCUUGGAGACAAGGUCGGACGGGCUACCCUUUAGUUGAUGCAGGGAUGAGAGAACUUUGGGCAACUGGGUGGAUACACAACAGAAUAAGAGUGAUUGUUUCGAGUUUUGCUGUGAAAGUUUUACUAAUUCCUUGGAAAUGGGGAAUGAAGUAUUUCUGGGACACGCUUAUGGAUGCUGACAUGGAAAGUGAUAUCCUUGGUUGGCAGUAUAUCUCAGGGAGUUUACCAGAUGGCCAUGAGCUUGAGCGUUUGGAUAGUCCGGAGGUCCAAGGCUCAAAAUUUGAUCCAGAGGGUGAAUAUGUAAGGCAUUGGCUGCCUGAGUUAGCACGUCUGCCAACUGAGUGGAUCCAUCAUCCUUGGGACGCACCCGAUAAUGUGCUUAGAGUUUCAGGAAUAGAGCUAGGAUUCAACUAUCCAAGACCUAUCAUCGAGAUAGAUCAGGCUAGAGAAUAUUUGACUGAAGCCAUAUUCAAGAUGUGGGAAUUGGAAGCAGCUGCAAAGGAGGCAAACAUGAGUGGUACAAAUGAAAUUGUUGUCGAUAACUGUGAAAACUUGCCAACCCCAAAGGUGAUCUUAAGGAACAACGCUCCUUGUGCUACUUAUUCAUCUAAUGAUCAGAAGGUACCUUCAUGUCACAAUUCUCGGGGAAGUCAUUUAAACAAGAGGUCCAGAAUUACACAAAAACGGCCACUACCAGAUACCGAGCAUAACAGUCAUCCUAAUGAAGCAACAUCGAGAACAAAUGAACACAUGAGCUCUACAGCUGAUUCUUCAAUGUCUAAGAAGCAGACAACCAGUACAACUUCAUUUUCAGUGCCACAGUCAUUCUCCUCUUCAAAAGGCAAUCCUGUUUUGGAGUCUGGAUCAUCUGAAAUGAAGCAGUCAUGGCAAGAACGAAUUGACAUGGAACAGAGUUCAAGCAAAGAUGGAGCUAUCGAAGAUGAAUGCCUCUAGUUCGGAGUUCACUUGGCGCACUGUUCAUCACGAAAGAGGAUGGUUCUGCAACUGAGUUGUACAGUAUUAAGUAUUGUAUUACUGUUCCUUUAUGACCGUCAACUUUGAGUGUUCUGGCUAGGUAUGUGUAUGAUUACGUGGUUGAUCAUCAUCUUUCCUUUGAUGAAUAUAGAUACAGAUAUUGAAGUGACAGAUACGAACAUGCUCAGUAGAAACUGUAGGCCAGCUAUGUAGAUGCAUGUUUAUGUAUGUCUUGAGAGCUUCCUUAUCUUUAGACGUACUUACAUGUUUAUGGAAGAAAUAAUUUUGUAGAGAGAUUUGAAUAAAUUGUGGGUAUUUAGGAAGCUCCCCUUUAUCUAUAGAUCUGGUUGAUUACUACCAGAAAUUCUCAAAUGUAACAAACAUGUGGCACGUACCAAGUGUACGUUCAGUGCUUCACUUCCAUUGGCAUGCCUAAUUAAACACUCAAGUACCAUGAAGUUAUGUCAUUUCAGAUCAUAGUGUAACUGCAGUCUCGUGAGUCGUGA